AUGUUGCUGGCAGGGCAAUGGCUCCCGCCAGUUUCCAUAAAGACCAUCUCCAUCUGUGUGCUCUGGUACCUGGUACUGUCCUUCACUGCACAGGUCACCAAAGUGGUGAUGGUGGAGUUGUCAUAUCCGCUUUUCCUUUCGCAAUUCCAGUUCUUAGUCGGAGCGCUUUUAUCGCUUCUAAUGAUCCAGCUCUCCCGAAAAGUAGCGUUGCUUCAUCAAGUAUUCCCAAUUGGCACCGUCCCUGUCGACAGUUCGAACGCUGUGCUUGACAGGCGAAUCUUCAUAAAAGUGCUUCCUUUGGGGGUGUUUCAAUUCACAGCCAAAUACUUGUCCUUGUGUGCAACGCUGUUGAUACCCGUGGCCACGGUAGCCAGCGUCAAGGCGCUAUCUCCUUUGCUCAUAGUAGCUGGAUACCGACUUUUUUAUAAGGUGCAUUUCCCCUUGCUCACGUACCUCCUGUUGGUGCCUCUUGUGGCAGGGGUGAUAACAAUCAUUACCGCCGAUGCGGGUAUCUCAGUUGAACUGACGAAGGCGGCGACAUUUACCCCCAUUAUUGACGAGGUGCACUUCAAGGGUUUGCUCUUCUGCAUUUCCAGCACCGUGGUCAUGGUGACACAACAAAUCUACGGCAAGGAGCUCAUAACAUGGGACUCCAGUGCCAUCUCCAACCCGGCGUCGUUGGUGUUGAACACCGACAAGAGCCGAGCAGUGACUCCUGAGUUUGGGCCAGAUCAGCAUACACCUUCUUUGCGGCAACACGAGAGUUCUUCAAGCGAUUUCCUCCUGCCCUUGUCUGCAUUUGGCAAGAAGGGAAAUACUCUUCGACUUCCAUACUCUGUAUCUGACUUGUCUCUCGAUGAGAAAAAGGAGGCUUUCCAAAGCAGAGCGCAGCAUUAUGACAUGGAGGUUCAGGAAGGAAAGAAGAUCAUCAACCCAUUCAGAGCAUUGGCGUCCGCAGUGCAAGGCGUACGAAAACCAGACAAGUUCACUAUCAUAUUUUACAUUUCCCUCAUUGGGUUUGCAUUCUCCUUUAGCGGGUUCUUCGCCAACGAAGCAGUCACAAUGUACAAGGAGCUUACUGAACCGGCUCAUUUCGAAGAAGCACCCGAGCCCAAAAAGAAGUUUGUGCGCAUGUUCGUGUUGAUUCUCUUGAGCAGCGUGUCGCACUUCUGCCAGACGCUGUUGGCGUUUAUAUUGUUAGGAAUGAUGCCGGCAUUAUCCUACUCAAUUGCAUCCAUGAUGAAGCGGAUCGUCAUAAUCGUUGUGAGCAUAAUCUUUGCCACGCAGCUUUCACAGGGCAAAUGGUUUGGCGUGUUGACCGGGUCUCAGAUUGUAGGGCUCGUUUUAAUCAGCCUUGGGCUCUACUUUUACGACCGUUGGGGAUCCCGCAGCUUGAAGGAGAACCGUGUCUAA